CGGAAGCAAGAAGCAAUCACUCAACACAGCGUAUUCAGUUACCUCUGCGAUCGAUUCCUCACGGUGGCACCUGUCUUCACCAUGAAGGCCUAUAAUGUCUUCUUUGAGCUCUUGACGGAGGAUGUGAGCCUGAGACUCACGGAUAAAAUAUUGCCGAUUCCGACUCCGACUCACCGAAUCGAAAAUUCCGCUCUAUUGAAAACCAUCGCCUUGCUGAUUAUUCAUUCAAAGCGAACCCCCGAAGUAAUGCUUGUCCGUCAGGCGUUCCUGGAACAUCUUCUCGCCCUUUGUCUCAAUUCGGAUGUUAAUCGGCGCUCGGUGUUGCAGAUGUCAGUAUGGCAGGAUUGGAUAAUUGGCCUGGCCUCUCUUUUCCCUCAGAAUGAACAGAAUAGUUACGCGACGGCGACAGUGAUGGAAAUUCUGCGGUGUUUGCUCUUCUACGCUCUCCGCUUUGAAUUUGGUGGUUGGCGAGUGUGGAUCGACACUUUGGCCAUUCUCCAUUCUCGUAUUUCCUUUGAGCAGUUUCGACGAGCUACGCAUCAGCAGGUUUGUUCACACUUUCUGGAUGCGCCUCAUUAG